UUGAGUGAACAAGUGUAGUUUAUUUAUUACUUUAUUAAAUUUUAUUUGUUAUUGUUCAUAUGUAGUUUUUAUCAAAACUAAAUUCAAAGAAACAUAUAAAAAUUUGUUCAAAUUAGUCACUAUGACAAGUGAAAUAACGAUAUUGCAUGAAAAACUGGAACAUUUGAAACAAUGGUUUAAAGAAAAUCCAAAAUUACCCACUGAAAUUAACACGACCCUAUUAAGACGAUUUUUGAAGUGCAUGAAUGGUGAUAUAGAAGAUACUAAACAAUUGUUGGAGCUCAAUUAUCAAUUAAGAAAUAAAAAUGAACAUCUGUUUAUUAAUCGAGAUCCCUAUGAUGAAAUGACCCAGAAAUCAUUUCAGACAGUUGACAUGGUACCACUACCCGGUGUAACGCCCGAAAAUUACAAAAUCUUAUGUUUUCGUUUAACCGAGAAAGAUGUCAAAGCGCAAAAUAGCAUAGAGGAAUGCAAGGCAUUCUUUUUGGUGGCUGAUGUACGUUUUAUAUACUCUGAUGUGGAAGAAGAUUUUGCCAACGAUGCUGAAGUUGAGGAAAUGGAGUCUUUGGCAAGUGGUGAAAUUCAUAUUGUUGAUAUAGGCAACUAUAGUUUACGUCACAUGGCUUCCAUGUCACUGAUGACAAUGCGCACCUAUAUGAACUUCUUGCAGCAUGCGUAUCCGGUGCGUUUGAAGGCUAUGCACAUUAUAAAUUGUCCCACAUAUCUAAAUCGUAUGGUGGCCAUUACGCGACCAUUUAUACAUGAAGAUGUAUUUAAAAUGAUCCAUUUUCACACUGACGGCAUUGAGAGCCUUUAUGAACAUGUGCCUCGUGACAUGUUGCCUUCUGAAUAUGGUGGCAAGGCUGAAUCUUUAAGCGUUAUCAAAUCAAAAUGGUGGAAUAUAUUGACCAAAAAAAGAGAUUAUCUUGUUGAUCCUAAUCAAUGGGUUGUUGCUAAGAGUGAAACAAAAAGUGGUUGGUUAUGGUGGUAAAUUGUGAUAAAAUUGUUAGUUUAUAGUAUUAAAUAUUUGUAAUAGAUUUGUGUUAAUUGAAAUUGUAAUAUAUAAAUGUACAUAAAUAAGAUCUGUUUUUAAUAAAUAA